UUUUUCAUCUGAUGAGGAGAGCGUGGCAUAUUGACUAUUCUGAUGAAACAGUUGUCGCGUUUAAUUCAGUGUGUAUUUAGUAGUAGGACAGCUGUGUUGUCGUUCAGAUCACUAACAUAUUCGUGUAUUCUCCAGAAAAAGGAAUCGGCAAACAACGAACUUAGUUCAGAUUGGGGAAGAGGAAAGAGAGCCGAGAAGCGUCAGAAUUUUAUCCGAAAGUUAAUCAUGGAUAAUCCAGAAAUUGAGACAACUUUAGCCCCUCUCAGAGUAUCUGUUAAGGAACAGGGUGAUUUGGUUAGAAAAUUAAAAGAAGAAAAAGCUCCAGAUUUAGAUUUACAGCGAGCUGUAGCUGAGUUAAAAAUACGCAAAAGAAACCUUGAAGAAACAGAACUGAAAUUGACACCAAAAGAUGAUUUUGAUAGACACAAGAUGGAGGACUUGCUCAAACAGAGGUUUUUCUAUGACCAAUCUUUUGCUAUAUAUGGAGGUGUUAAUGGAUUAUAUGAUUUUGGACCAAUGGGUUGUGCUAUGAAAGCAAACUUGUUACAGCUUUGGAGAAAGUUUUUUGUUUUAGAAGAGCAGAUGCUGGAAAUAGAGUCAGCAAUGUUGACGCCUGCUCAAGUUUUAAAAGCUUCAGGUCAUGUUGACAGAUUUCAAGAUUACAUGGUUAAAGAUUUAAAAAAUGGUGAAUGUUUUAGAGCAGACCAUUUAAUUGAAGCUUACUUAGAAAAAUUAUUAACUGAUAAAAAACUGUCAGAAGAUAAAAAAAACGAAGCAAGAAAACUUUUACCAAUGAUUGAUGGUAUGAAUAUGAAUGAUAUGAAGGAAACAUUAAUUAAAUAUAACAUGAAGUCACCAGUAACUGGUAAUGAUCUCUCUGAUCCAAUAGAAUUUAAUCUUAUGUUUGCUACGUCCAUUGGACCAACUGGACAAUUAAAAGGAUUUUUACGUCCAGAAACAGCUCAGGGUAUCUUUGUUAACUUUAAAAGACUUUUAGGUUUCAAUUCUGGCAAACUGCCUUUUGCUGGUGCUCAGAUAGGAAAUUCAUUUAGAAAUGAAAUUUCUCCAAGAUCGGGUCUAAUAAGAGUACGUGAAUUUACCAUGGCUGAAAUUGAGCAUUUCUGUGAUCCAGAUGAUAAGAGUCAUCCUAAAUUUGAGAAUGUUGCAGACCUAAAGGUUAUGUUAUAUUCUGCAUGUAGUCAGAUGGAUGGAAAAUCAGCUGAAGCCUGGACAAUUGGUGAAGCUGUUGGAAAAAAAUUAAUAGCCAACCAAACACUUGGAUAUUUCAUGGCAAGAAUUUAUCUGUUUUUGAAUAAAGUUGGAGUGGACCCCAAGCGUUUACGAUUCCGUCAACAUCUAUCCAAUGAAAUGGCCCAUUAUGCCUGUGACUGUUGGGAUGCUGAAAUGAAAACAUCUUAUGGAUGGAUAGAAUGUGUUGGAUGUGCUGACAGAUCUUGUUAUGAUUUAACUCAACAUACAGAAGCUACUGGAGUUAAACUAGUGGCUGAAAGAAAGUUAUCCGAACCAAAGACUAUUGAUGUGACAGAACUCCAGCCACAGAUGGGGGUUCUAGGUAAAGCUUUUAAAAAAGAUGCUAAAUUAGUCUCAGAAUAUUUAAAUAAACUUAAAACAGAGGAUGUUUUAACAAUAGAAAAGAAUCUCUCUGAAAACAAAGAAUCGACCGUUACUGUGAAUGAUAAAGAUUAUAAAUUAACUCCUGAAAUGAUCACAGUUAAAAGAUACCAGAAAACAGUCCAUGUUGAAGAAUUGACGCCAUCCGUUAUAGAACCAUCGUUUGGUAUAGGACGUAUAAUGUAUUCUGUGUUUGAACAUAAUUUUAAAGUCCGUGAAGGUGAUGAACAGAGAUCAUAUCUUAGUUUACCAGCGUCCAUUGCACCAUAUAAAUGUUCUGUCUUACCAAUAAGCAACAAUCCUGAUUUUGGAAUCCACAUCAAAAAUAUUUCGCAAGCCUUGAAUCAAAAUGAUAUAUCGCAUAAAGUUGAUGAUAGUAGUGGUAGUAUAGGUAGAAGAUAUGCUAGAACUGAUCAGAUAGCUAUACCUUAUGGUAUUACUAUAGAUUUUGACACACUUAAAGAUACACCUCCCACAGCUACAUUACGAGAACGAGAUUCAAUGAAACAGAUCCGGGCCUCUUUGAACGAGUUACCCCAAAUAGUCAAAGAUUUGGUAGAUGGUAAAAGAACAUGGGAGGAUAUUACAAAUAAUUAUCCAUUAUUUGAACAACAAGAAACCACAAAAUAAUUUAUUGACAAUUGUAAAUUUUAACUUCUAUGUAUAUUAAGUAUGGUGCAUAUUCCUCCAAGCUAAACCGAUUUUCAUGACUUUGAAGUCAUCAAACAUGACAUUCAUGGAUGUAACUCUUUUAUGAAGAUUCUGUAAACCUCUUCAUGGUGAAAUCUGAAACCUUUUAAGAUAUUUGAUUUGAGUUCAUGACCUCACAGACAAUUUGGGAGAGCUGCCCAACUAAACACAGAUAGAACAAACAGUAUAAACUAUAAACCCAGCUUAGUCGGUAUGGAUAUAGGUCAUGUAUACAUAAUUCAUAGUAAAAAAUCCCCGGUAACAAACAUGACAAGACUGUGUUGAUAUAAAAAAGAUUUAUUCAGGACGCGUUUCGAGCAUUCGCCCUUUAUCAACUGGUUACAAAAAUGAUCCCGUUACCGGGUAUAUAUAGACAACAGAAUUAUUGCGCAUGCACAUAAAGUUGGGGAUUUUUUGUAUCCAUAAUUGUUAAACUCUCCCCAUAUAUGUUAUAACUAUAAGUAAUUGACAUCUACUCUUUAGGACUUAAAGCCUCUUGGGGGGGGGGGGGGGGGAUGGCUGAAUGCAUGCUGUAUCAUAAGGUCUGUCAUUGAGUCAACUGGCGUGGUUUCGAUUUCCUGGUUGUACGUGACAAAGUCGCCUGUCCAACUUCGGGGGUUUUCUCCAGGUCCUCCGGUUUCCUCCCACUUCUAAAGACCCCUACGCAUAAGCAAAUUAUUGAAAUAAAUUUGAACCAUGUGUUAGUCCCGAAAUGACCUAGUUUUUGUCGAGUGGACAUUAAACCCUAUUUCUCUCUCGCUCUCUCUUAAAGCCUUGGAUCAUCAUUAAAUUUUUCAGACAACAGCUGAUCUUUCAAGGCUUAAUCCAUGCUAAAACUGACUCAAAUUAAGAAAGGAACUAACAAAAUAAUCCAUUGUAGAUAAUCUCAUGACUCCAGUUAAAUCUGGGCCCUUAUUUACGAAAACUUAAACUAAGAUACAAUCGAAAUUUUAAGAAAUACUGCAAUUCGAUUGGCUGACUAGUACAAAUCAAUUUGCAUAUAUCCAAUGAAGUUGUCGUAUUUCUUAAAAUUUCGGUUGUAACUUAGUGUAAGUUUCCGUGAAUAAGGGCCCAGAUUAAUAGAGGUCUGUCAAUAGAAAUUAGCCACUGGCUUUUUUAUAUGGGUUAUAGAUGAAACCAUUUCUAGAUUUGAAGAUUCAACCCCAGUUGACCAUCAGUGGCUUUAAGCUGGAGAUUUGAUGUGUUUUCGGGGAGGCAAAACAUACCUAAAACAUGCAUCAUGUAAUUCUAUUGUUGUAAAUACAUAAAAAUGUUUAAAAAUGUAAAAAUAGUGAAUAUCUCUGAUUAAAAAAACAAAAACAA